CAAUUAUAAUAAGAAGCUAGCUUAGCUCCACCUCUCCCAACAAUGCACCUCACAUUUUCAUUUCCAACUCCAUGACACUAUCCACUAUGGAAGUACCACUUGAUGCAGACUUUAAGACUCAAUCAUCCGCGUCUUCUUAUUCAUCUUCUUUUUCUUCAUCACCAUCAUCAUCCCCUCCAGAAUCGACCGGAUUUAAGUCCCGGAGAGCGAAAAAUGCUAAUGAAAGCAAGAGAAAGGUUGAAAACGAUGGGAAACAUCCUACAUACAGGGGAGUGAGGAUGCGUCAGUGGGGCAAAUGGGUGUCUGAGAUUCGUGAACCGAGGAAGAAGUCGAGAAUUUGGCUAGGAACAUUUGUUACGGCCGAAAUGGCAGCUCGAGCACACGAUGUAGCUGCUCUUGCGAUUAAAGGCAAGUCAGCUUAUCUCAAUUUCCCUGAUAUAGCCCACCAGCUUCCCCGUCCAGCUAGUGCAUCGCCCAAGGAUAUCCAAGCUGCUGCAGCUAAAGCUGCCUGCCUCAGCUACAGCAAGAGCCAUGACGUUGAAGCUCCGAUGGUUCCUCCGUCUCAGGCAACGAUUGUGACAUCUUCAAUCAAUAAUGAUGAAGCAUUCAUUGACCUCCCGGAUCUCUUGCUUGACAUGAAUCUUCAAAUUGACGAGUUAUGGGGCUCAGUGUCAUGGGAACUCGCUGCUAAGGAUGAUGCUGUCGAAAAUGAGCUUGAAUAUGAGGAGCCUCGCCUUUGGGAAUAUUGCUAGCGAUAUCAUUUUUUUCUUCGUAACUUAACCCACAAGCAAGGGAAAGAUGGAAUAUUUGCAGGUUUUGGCUCAAAAUUGUUGCUUACCCAAAAAUCCCAUCCUGGAAUUCCAUUGAUUUAAAGGUCACUGUCACUGUUCAUGAUAACAGGGGAGGUUUCUCAAAUGAACAUUGUAAAUAUGAUCAAAUAACAAAAACAGGUGGCCUAAAGUUCUUUCUUUUUAUUGAAUUAUGACUCUUUUUUACCAGCUUUCAGGUGCAUGUUGUAACUUAAUAGAAGUCUGCAUAUGUUGCAGAAGCAAGGCUGCAAGGAUACGUAUAAAGUCGG